GUCAGUGUCACUGUCACUGUCACAUCACAAGUUUUUUGUUUCAUAGAGUAAUUACAAAUUACUAAUUAGUAAAUACAUGGUAAUUACCUAAUUAAUUUAUGCAGGAAUUGUGAUGUCAUCAGAAUUAGCACUAAAUACUACAAUAGCCUUCAGCAGUUCAACAUCACCAGUCCGCUACAUUAAAGAAUCCUCCAUCUAGGAAUAAAACCUUUCUAUACCUCAAAUUUGAUUAAUUCAGAUAACUAUAUUUCAAUUUUUUUUUAAUAUUAAAUAAUAUACCAAUAUUAAUAAACCACCAUAAUCUUCAUACUAUAAAGUUUUUAUAGCAAUAUUAAUAAACCACCAUAAUCUUCAUAGUGUAGUUUUUAUUAAGACAAAUAAUUAUAAGUUUGUCAUCUAAAGGAAACAUUAACAUUGGUAAAGAAUGGAGACUAAUAGAAACUUUAAUUCAAUGCAAGAUUAUGCAGUAACCAACGUGGAACCAACAGCAUUCUACUUAUCAGAGUUUUUAUCAGUCAAAGAGGAACAGUGCAUCUUAUCGAAUAUUUACUCAGCACCUAAACCUAAGUGGACACAGCUAUCAAACAGGAGGCUUCAGAACUGGGGAGGAAUUCCACACAAUAAAGGCAUGAUUGCUGAAACUAUACCACAUUGGCUCCAGAAUUAUUUAGAUAAAAUAAACAAUUUAAACUUAAUGGGAGGAAAUAAACCAAAUCAUGUACUAGUUAAUGAGUAUACACCCGGACAGGGCAUUUUGCCUCAUUUAGAUGGCUCUUUAUUUUAUCCAACUAUAACUACAAUAUCUGUAGGAUCUCAUAUUGUGCUGAAAUUUUGGGAACCACCACUUAAUGCCAAUGAAAAUGCUUUAGAACUGAAACCUGUUUUUUCCUUUCUCUUGGAACCGAGAAGCCUAUUGGUGUUACAAAAUAAAUUAUUUCAUCACUAUUUACAUAGUAUAGAGGAAAUAAAAGAGGAUGUUAUUGAUGAUUCAAUAUCCAAUUUACACAUGUGUUCAGAUCAAUAUAAGAAGGGGUCCACCGUUGUCCGUGGAACUAGAGUGUCUCUAACUAUAAGGCAUGUGCCUAAAACUACUGCAUUUAAAAUUAAUAUUGGCAGUAAAAGAUAAUAUUGCAAAAUAAUCUUUCUUUUUAACCUCUUUUUUAUUGUUUUGCUACAUGUCGAAGGUAUCUAUUGUGUAAUGUAAUGUCCCUCUAGACCGAAUUUCAUUCAUAGUGGCGAGACAUCAAAGUGUAGGCAUCUGUGGAGGACAGGAUUAUAAUGCACGAGUGUGUUCACAAACACCGGUGCUCACACAUGGUCUGAUGGGACAACAAUCCGAAACAUCCAGAAAGAACUCAAGUAUUAGACUGAUAUUAGGCUUUAUGUGUUUCCUGAAUCCAGGUUACCAUUAAGACCUCAUGAUCAGUAGUCGUGCUAACAACCAACAACGCAACCUAUUUGUGUAAUCAGGAUAUAAACCUAUCACUUCGUAAUCACUGGGGCAGGGUGCUUACCAAUAAUUUUACUGUAAGCUUUUUCAUCACCCUGUAAAAGUCCAUACUGUACGUAUGCCUCUACCUUUUGUAAGGAACAUGUGCUUUUAAUGUCAUAUGUAAUAGGUGGAUUGGCAAUUAUAGUACCAGACGUCUUCAAUAAAUAAUUUUUUUUAUAAAAUUGAAGUGACAAAAAUAACUUUUGGUGCACCUGAUGGUGGCUACAGCAGCCCAUAGACACCUGCAAUCAACUUCAAAUGAAGGCUACAGAUGCAAUGUCACCUCACAUGACUGAAAUGGAAUACAUAACAGCCUGUAAUUAUAUUGACUCUAUACGCUCCAGUUCAGAACACAGCAGGUCGCACUGCCAUUUGGUUGCAGAAAUAGUUAAGAGGGGGUACCUACCCAGAAGAACUAGUCAGAAAAGGAAUACUACCACCAGUAUUUUACAUCUGAUAAAAUAGAUAGAAAUAGAUUAUACCGCCAUCUGUCGAAAGUCAUGUGUUAGAAACUACUCUAAGGCCGGCCACAUACCAGGCGGUCCCAUAAUGAACUGGCCUGAUAUAGUUCAACGCGACAUGUCGCUACAUGUUGUGUUGCAUUAAAUAGUACGUUUAUCGUGCACUUAAUAUAAGAAACAUGCAUUGACAUGAAAUGCUUAGUCUUAGUUUAACAGGCAUUUGAAUAACGAGAGUCGCGUAUUUUUUCAAAAUGUCGAAAACUGAGUAUCGAAGUGUCAUAAAGUUUCUGUUUAAAGAAGGUUUAUCCCCUGCCCAAAUAAAAGAACGAUUGGAUGGCGUGUAUAAGGAGUCUGCCCCCUCCUAUAGCACAGUGAAAAAUUGGGUGAAAGAGUUUCGCCUCGGGAGAGAAACCGUCGAAGACUUUGGCCACGACGGUCGACCUGUGGAAGUGCUCACUCCUGAAACGAUUGCUCUUAUCGAAGAGGAGGUUCUGAGUGACCGCCGUUUGAAGAUUAGAGAAAUUGCAGCAAGGCUUGUUCUCUCUAAGAGUACCGUUCAUAGCGCGAUCCAUGAACAUCUUCACAUGAAAAAAGUGAGUGCAAGAUGGGUACCGAAACUUCUUUCAGCGGUACAGAGACAGGAAAGAGUGCGCUGCGCUUCGGAGUUUUUGGAUCUUUGUGGCGAAAAUCCAAAGACUGUGAUCGAGCGGCUAGUGACUGGUGAUGAAACUAUGAUCUUGUAUUAUGAUCCACAAAGCAAGCGCGAGUCAAUGGAAUGGCGUUAUAAAGGUGAAAAGCCCCCUAGAAAGGCAAAGGUGCAACAAUCGACUAAAAAACUGAUGUGCACAAUAUUUUGGGAUUUUCAAGGCAUUUUGAUGGUGGAUUUUAAAGAACUUAAUACAGUCGUGAACGGCGAAUAUUAUGCUUCUUUAAUAUAUAAAUUACGAGACAAGAUAAAGGAAAAACGAAGAGGCAAGCUGUCUAAAGGUGUCCUGUUGCUCCAUGACAACGCCCCUGUUCAUACCGCUGGUGUUUCGAAGGAUGCAGUUCGUCAAUGCGGGUUCACAGAAGUUCAACAUCCACCUUACAGUCCAGACAUGGCCCCGUCCGACUAUUAUUUAUUUCCAAAUUUAAAGCGGGACUUAAGAGGAAGAAAAUUUUCAAGCGAUGAAGAGUUGCAGGCGGCCGUCUUCAGUCAUUUUGAGGAUAAAAAAUGUGAUUAUUUUUAUAAAGGUUUAGAGAUGUUGAUUCACAGAUGUCAGAAGUGUGUUAGUAUUCAUGGUGAUUAUAUUGAAAAAUAAAAUUGGUUUCGUUUCAUUUCCUUCAUUGGUUCAUAGUUAGGCCAAUUCAUUAUGGGACCGCCUACGUACAUACGGAAUUCCGUUUCGAGAUUCCGUUUCGAUAUUCCGAUUCGGAAUCCCGAACGCAGCAAGUCCAUAUAAAAUCUAUGACCCGCCACACACGUACGGUACUUUUCCGUUCGAUAUUUUGCGGGCAAAACGGGAUUCCGUUUGUGUGUGGCCGACCGUUCGGAAUUCCGUAUGUAUCUGGCGGGCUUAAACUAUUUAAAUAAAUGAACACACACUACGUUAUAUAUAAAUAUUUGUAUUAUUAUUUUCAAUAUUUUUUUGCAAUAUUUUCAUAAUUGUGGAUGAAAGAAUGAGGCGCGCAGUGAUAAAGGGAUUACUGGGGGUCCGACGUAGGGACAGAUCAUUACUUGGGCCAAAUUAAUGGCCUAUUCAGAGUUCAGACGUUGGCGGCAUCUGACACUGACAUCUGUGUCUACCACUGCGUUAUAGAGUAUAAGAAUAGAGAGGUUACAAGAUGAAUGUGUGAAAAAGAAGUACAAAUGUAGACUGAGGGAAAAUAUAAAUGUUAUGAAUUAAUUGUGUAUGAAUGAUUUAGACUUGGAGACUGUGUGAGACAAUGUUAAGAAAGGUUUGGUGGACGCAACUACCAAAGUAUGUGGUGUAAGUUAGAGAACGAAUUAAAGGAAAAAUAAUAAAUUAUGGUAUGACGAUGAGGUACGGAUGGAAGUUGAAACAAAAAGAGAGUAUGGCUAGAUUUACUAGUAACCAAAGCUGGUAAUUUUGGCUGUAUGAAUGAUGUGAUUGAAAGAAAAAAGGCAGACUUUAGUCGUCUAAAUAAGAGAGUAAAAGAAGUAGUUG